UUCCCCAGCUUUUCUGCUUAAAAUCUUAACUCCCUCUCUGCUGCUAUUUCUGUCUCUCCUUUCCCUCAUUGCUUUCCUCCUAUUAUGGAAUUAACGGGUAUUGUCAAUUCUCUUGAGUACAAAUCCAUCUUGGUCACUGGUGCUGCCGGCUUCCUAGCAAAAAUUUUUGUGGAGAAAGUGCUGAGGGUUCAACCAAACGUGAAGAAACUCUAUCUUCUCUUAAGAGCUGCAGAUGCUGAGUCAGCUACACAGAGACUGCAUAAGGAGGUGAUAGGGAAGGAAGUGUUUAGGGUUCUGAGAGAGAAAUGUGGUGCCAGCUUGGAUUCUUUUAUAGCCGACAAGGUAACGGCGGUUGCCGGCGACAUCGCCUGUGAUAACUUGGGUAUAGAAGCCUCAGAUUUAAGGGAAGAGAUGUGGAAAGAGAUUGACAUCAUUGUCAAUCUAGCUGCUACCACCAACUUUGAUGAGAGAUAUGAUGUGUCCUUGGGUGUGAAUGCCAUGGGAGCUAAGUAUGUUCUGAGCUUUGCAAAGAGAUGUGUUAAGCUACAGAUGCUUCUCCAUGUAUCAACUGCUUAUGUGGCUGGAGAACAGGCAGGGCUUAUAAUGGAGAAACCAUUCAGGAUGGGUGAAACAUUGAAUGGGACACCUGGGUUAGACAUAGAAGAGGAGCUGAAGCUUGUGGAGGAAAAGAUGAAGGAGUUAAGGGCCUUGGGAGCUCCCAAAUCAGCUGAGACAUUUGCUAUGAAAGAAUUGGGAAUAAACAGGGCAAGAUUUUACGGUUGGCCAAACACCUACGUCUUUACAAAAUCACUUGGAGAGAUGCUCAUCGGACAGUCUAGAGGAAAUCUACCACUUGUUAUCAUUCGUCCAACCAUCAUAACAAGCACAUACAGAGAACCAUUCCCUGGUUGGGUUGAAGGAAUGAGAACCAUCGACAGCUUGGGCGUCGGUUACGGUAAGGGCAGAAUAACUUGUUUCCUCGGUGAUCCUGAGUCAAUUAUUGAUGUGAUACCAGGGGACAUGGUGGUGAAUGCUAUGAUUGUGGCCAUGGUGGCUCAUGCAAAUCAACAUGGUGAGUUCAUCUACCAAGUGGGAUCUUCUGUAAGAAACCCAGCAAAAUUCACCCUUUUCCAGGAUUACGGCUAUCAGUUCUUCUCUAAGAAUCCAUGUAUUGAUAAAGAUGGAAAACCUAUCAAGGUUGGAAAAGUUGCAGUAUUUAGCACAAUGGAUAGCUUCCAUAAAUACAUGGCCAUUCGUUAUAUGCUACCCUUGAAGGCUUUGCAACUGUUGAACAUAGUAUCUUGCCAGUAUUUCCAAAGCUUAUAUAGCAAUCUCAGUCGGAAGAUCAACUUUGUAAUGCGAUUAGUGGAGCUCUACAGGCCUUACUUGUUCUUUAGAGGAGUGUUUGAUGACUUAAACUUAGAAAAGUUGAGAAUAGCUAUAAAGGACAAUGGGGAAGAGGAAAAUAAGUUUUGUUUUGAUACAAAGUGCAUUGACUGGGAUGACUACUUCUUAAACAUUCACCUUCCAGGGCUCAUAAGAUAUGUUUUCAAGUGACAUCUGCAGAGAUUGGGAGUUCCAUUAAUUUCUUGGUGAAAGAAUCGGUUUAUCA